AUGGAUUCUGCUUCCAUUGGUUCUGCCUUACAUGAUUUAAUCUUGUAUCUGAACGAAUUGUAUCGUUAUGAUCCCUUCCCUACGCGUUUGAAGAUUGAAUUAAAGAAGCUCCAGAUUUUCGUUCUUAUUUCCACAAGAAAUUUGGACAACCAGCAGCUGGAUGACUCAAAUCCACCAUGGUCUUUCGUGCUAAGGAUUGUAGAUACUAUUGAUCAAUAUGUUGAUCCUGAUCCCUCCGAAUCAGCUGGUUAUCAUCUUCUAUUUAAAAGGUUCGAACGCGGCAUCGAAUCCUUGGUUGAUGAAAUAGAUCAAUGGUACUUUUCUAUGAGGGAUUCAUUGCUGUUACAAUUCAGGGCUUCUCUGUUUACCAUUGAUGACAUCUCCGAAAUCUUCACUUCCAUUUUGGAGCUUCUUGAGGAAAACUAUUGCGUUAGAGGAAGCAAAGCUUUGAUUGAGCUGGUGAAAGUCUGGCAAACUCUCAUCUGCUUUGUUCACUAUCCCAUACCACAACUGUUGGCUCUCGCUGCAAAUGUCGCGAUCCAUGUACAUCUUCAUUUCAUGUGUCCUCGAGCAGUUCAGCGGCCUGGUGAAGAAUCUCUUGAUAAAUUAUUGUCUACAUUCAAGCCGAAUGAUCCACUGGUUUCGGAGACUUACAUCCAAGCCCUAAUCAGUUCAAAGUUGUCAAGAGGGUCACUUGCUGCUCUCAGUACUAAUCAGCACAAUAUUUAUGAUGGCACCAAGAAUUUCCUUGAUUUUUUGGUAGAUCAUCUUUGGGAAUGGCUACGACUUAAUACUACUGAUGGUACGGUUUCUGUGAAGGAUCAGAUGCAGGAGCUGUUUCACAAACUUAGAUCUUUGCGAGCCACUCUCAAGCAGAAGCAGCCUAACAACAUUAAGGCCGACGUUGCAUCUGUGUUGUGUGAUGCCGGGGUGGAGUGUCUCAUCGAUCAGUUACUGGUUGUUGAUCUUUGGGAUUGUUCUUCAACUUCGGUUGAUGCCAUCCUGGAAGACAUCAGGGACAUUAAGGCCAAAUCCGAAGUUAAGAAACAAGAAAUUGGAGGCAAAAGACAGCAAAAGAAAGUGAGAGAAGCAACCAGGACUCACGAUCAAUUGCCAUCACAAACAACGACAAAAUAUGAGGUUGAUCCCAACUGUGUAUACUCUGAGACCAAUGAGCAAGAUCUAGUAGAAAAGCUGUGGCGCAAAUUGAAAGGGAAAAGAUAUCUCAUAUUAUUGGAUGAUAUAUGGGACGCUGAAGCAUGGAAUAGCUUGGCACCAGCAUUCCCUGAUGACAACUAUGGAAGCAGAAUUCUGUUGACGAGUCGUCAUCGUGACAUUGCUCCUGUUCAUAUGAUUGACCAAGAUCCUUAUUUUCUUCACCCGCUCAAUGAAAAGGAGAGUUUGGAAUUAUUCCAGCUGAAGUUAUUCUCAGGAAAUCUUGGUUUGGAUCCUGCAUUACAUGAUCUGGUGAGUAAAUUUGCUGCACAAUGGGAUGCCUCAUUUGUGAUCAGCAUCUGUAAACUUCUAAGAGUGUUGGAUCUGGAGAAAAUUAAGUUGAGUUGUGAGUUUCCAUGUGAAAUAAGCUCGCUGGUUCAGUUGGCAUUCCUGGCACUUCGGGGUAAAUUCAGACACAUCCCGUCAUCCAUAAGUAAGCUCUCAAAUUUGGAAACUCUUAUUGUGGAUCCAAGCGGAUAUGUGAUGCCAUUGCCUAAUAGUUUCUGGAAUCUACAGAACUUAAAGUAUGUUUACAUAAGAAGAGGCGGGCUUAGGAUAGUGCCGAUGGAAAAUCUAGACAACUCGCCCGUUUUAUAUGAGUUGGAUGUGUUUUGUGGUGCAUGUAUUCCAUAUGAAUGCAGCUUGGAAAGGCUAAUGACAAAAUUUCCAAACAUCCGUAUGUUGAAAUGCAAGAUUGGCUUUGGUGAAGAUGAGAGAUUAGAGUAUCCUCACACCGCGAUUGUUGUUCCUGACUUUUCGACGCAACUUGAAUCAGUUGAUUUAUCAUGGGUCGCUGGUGAACCCAAGCUUCCGAAAGGUCUCGACAUCAGUUUCCCUGAAAAUCUGAAGAGACUGAGGUUGGAAAACUUUUAUCUGUCGUGGGAGAAUAUGUCAACCAUUGGUAAGCUCCCAAACCUUCAAGUCUUCAAGCUAUGUUGCCCGAGAUUUGAAGGUGAUACAUGGGAAAUGGAACCAGGGGAAUUCUCCCAACUCAGAGUUUUGGAUUUGUACCGUGUGAAGCUUGUCAGGUGGAUUUCGGAAGAUGAUCAAUUUGAUUGUCUUCAGAAGUUGUUGUUGGAAGACUGUGAGUAUUUGCGAGAGAUGCCUUGUAAUUGUCUGGAGAGCAUCUCGACACUUGAAAAAAUUGAGGUAGUUCAUUGUUCUGAGACUACAGAAAAAUUGGCGAAACAAAUUGAGGAUCAACAGGUGAAUGAGUGGGGGAAUUCAAAUCUUAAGAUCAACAUUGUGACGAAAGAUUAG